GUGAGUGAACAGGGUCCGUGUGGCGGAGGAAUACACACAGCUAUAUAGACACUGACAACAGAGAAUACACACCUUAGACCUCAGUAGCUCGCAGUUGUGUUCAGUGUAGUCUAGUUUUAGUUGACUGAUCGAACCAGUGCCGCCCGGACAUGGCUGACCAGCUAACAGAAGAGCAAAUUGCUGAGUUCAAGGAGGCCUUCUCCUUAUUCGACAAGGACGGCGAUGGCACCAUCACCACGAAAGAGCUGGGCACGGUGAUGAGGUCACUGGGCCAGAACCCCACCGAGGCCGAGCUGCAGGACAUGAUCAACGAGGUGGACGCAGACGGCAAUGGAACCAUUGAUUUCCCAGAAUUCCUGACCAUGAUGGCCAGGAAAAUGAAGGACACAGACAGCGAGGAGGAGAUCCGUGAAGCAUUCCGGGUAUUCGACAAGGACGGGAACGGCUACAUCAGCGCAGCCGAGCUACGCCACGUCAUGACAAACUUAGGCGAGAAACUAACAGACGAAGAGGUAGACGAAAUGAUCAGAGAAGCAGACAUCGACGGCGACGGGCAGGUUAAUUACGAAGAAUUUGUACAAAUGAUGACUGCGAAAUGAAGCUCUCCCAACCUGUCCUUACCCUCUUAGAAGAUUAAAAAAAAAAAUCAGUCAAAUGUUUUACUUACCUCUUGCAAAAAUGUUCAUUUAUUCAUACUGUUUCUGUAUAAAAACAUAAUUGAAUGUUUAAAAAAAAAAAAAAUCCCUC